UCCAAUGUCAUUGUCAACAGCUGUAAUGUUUUGAAGAUAAAUUGCCAAUAUUUUGAUAAAAAAAUGUUAAAAUAAAUCGUGUUUACUACUAAAUACCUAUUUAAUUGUAUAAAACAAAUUUAAGCCAUGGAUCAACCGUUGCAAUCUAAACUCUCAUCUUUGUGUCUAAUAUCGCAACAUAAACUAGAAAAGAUUCUUUCAUCAUGCGGAGAUAAAGCAGAUUUAAUUAUAGAUUCAUCUCUUAUAAAACCUUUGGAAAGGAUAUGUGGUGUGACUUGGCUAAGGCAGCAUGGAAUUGAAAAGAUCUACAAAAUGGAUCCCCAACUUGCAGCUAACACAACUAAAAUAUAUUUCAUAUCAGCAUGUAAACAUAAAUACAAGUGUGUGUUAGAUCAGAUAUCUUCACAAAUCAGUCAGAACCCAUCACUUGCUGAUUUAAAAUGUUUCAACAUUAUUAUUGUGCCAAAAGUUUUACACACAUAUGAUUCAAUAUUAGAGAGUCGAGGGUUAUAUGAUGUUGUUAAACUCCAUUCAUUUUCCUGGGAAUUAAUGUCAUUGGAUGACAGACUUCUUAGUAUGGAACUACCAUUUUUAUACAAGCAAUUAUAUGUCGAGCAAAACCAUUCUCUAUUGUCAAGCAUUUCAAUGUCGUUGUGGAGUUUAUUCCAUGUUACUGGACGGCCUAAAUGUGUUUUAUCAUUAGGUAAAUUAUCGUCUAGUGUUUUAGAUAUAUUGGAGAUUUAUAAUGAGACAUAUUCCAGAGAUUUCAUAAACAAAGAUACAGAAAUUGAUACAUUUUUAUUAAUAGAUAGAAAUCAAGACUAUGCGUCAAGUUUACUCACACCUGCUACAUACUCCGGUCUAUUGAAUGAAAUUUUCAAUAUAACAUGCGGACAUUUAGAUUUAAAUGUCAAAGAUACUAAAUAUAAAAAGGGUAUGUUGAAUUUUACAACAGUUUCCGAAGAAAACCCUAAAAAAGUAACCAUGACAUUAGAUAGUUCGAUAGACAGUUUAUACGGAGAAAUAAAACAUAGACAUUUCUCUGAAGUUCUAAGUGUGUUAAGUUCGAAAGCAAAGCUAUUAAAGAAUGAAGAUAUUAAAGCGUUAGGUAUUCAAGAAAUUAAACAUUACGUAUCAACGAAAUUACAACAAGUAGCAUUAUUUAAACAGAAUCUAGUCAACCAUGUUCUAGCGAGUGAAACUAUCAUAUCGGAAAUGAAUAAUAAAUUCGAAAACGUCACAUAUACUGAAGGCGAAAUGUUGAAUAACAGAAAUAAGAAAUCUAAUUUUAAUUUCGUUGAUGAAAACUUUGGCACAGAUAUACAUAUAUACAAUAGUCUGAGAUUGAUGUGUUUGCUCAGUUUAACGCAAGGGCUUUCAUAUGACGAAUAUAAUAACCUAGUCAAUAAAUAUUUAUUAGCAUUUGGCUACAAAUUCUUGUAUGUAUUUCAAAAUUUAAUUAACACAGGCUUAUUAAUACAACCUGUAAGUUUGAAACUAUCUUUGAAUAUUAAUUUAAGUGGUUUGAGUGAUAGGUUGCCGAGAUGGCAGAAUGGAUUCCAAAAUCAAGCUACAAAAUUAAAACAAUUAUCUACACAAGCUGAUAAUUCCAAGACUUCACCCAGUUAUGUAUUUAAUGGCAGUUAUGUACCUCUAAUUGCCAGUAUUUGUAAUAUACUUUUAACAUCUGAAUCUUUAACUGAGGCGUUAACAAAACUAUCUUAUACAUUGGAUUUAAAAUUAUCUGGCACAAUAUUAGAGAAGAAAGAUGGUAUAGAAACGUUGAAUGAGAAAUUAUCGAAUUUGAAACUGAAUAGUGAAUUAGAAUAUGGUUGUACAGAUGCAAAGACAUUAUUAAAAAAAUUAAAAACUGAUACAAAGUUAUCUAGUGCGUUCGCUUUCAAAGCAAAGACAGUGCUAGUGUUUGUUAUAGGGGGUGUUACUUACGCAGAGAUAGCAGCUUGUGAUGUGAUACAAUCAGCUACGGGUAGCAAGAUAUAUGUGGCAAGUGAUUGCGUUGCUAGCGGUAGUGAUUAUAUGUCCGCUUGCUCAUAAACCAUCAUACAGUAGGCUAACUCAACUAAUUUUGAUGAUCUACAGAUCAGCUCUCUGUUCACUUGAAACUGAUCUGUGAAUCGGCUCACAGAUUUGGUUAAUUUACCUACAGAGAUAUGAUUUUUGUGAGUUGCGAGACACCAGGUUCAUGUUGAGUGUUGAGGCUUAGAGCGUCCCCACACCUUUGACUAAACUAUCGCACAUUUGUUAUGCGAUUGUUGAUUGUCGGUUUCGCAGCCAAUUCAACUAUUUAGUUGCACAACUGAAAAACGAGGAAUGUGCCCACCUCAAUGUAAGCUCAUAGGAAUCAAAGUAAGACUGAACAGUUGUGCGAUAGUUUAGUUUCAAGCGUGCGCAUUUUCUUAAGCUGUUAAUUUAGUUAUUGGGCUGCAGCUCAAUAGUUUAAGGCUAAGUGUGCUGAUCCAAUCCAGUUCAGAGAUUAUUUAAUUUGUGAGUUUGAAAGAUGUUUUCUAUAGCUAAGCUUGCUUUUUUAUUUUCAUAGCAAUAUUAGUGAUUAUUUCCUUUUUAUGUAAUGGAAUAUGUUAAAAUU